UAAAUAAUUUGCUCAUGAACAAUUUCUUUAUCACGCCACGCCCGCCAUUUGGGUCGUUGUUCUGCCAUUGUGCUGUUUAAAAGUUCAUACAUUUAACCUUUAAUAUGAUUACUGUCCUUACAUUUACGUUAUUACUCGUCAGCUCUGCUGUGUCGAAACCACGAUACGCAGAGCUCGACGAAGAUGAGCAGCUGUUAUUUCGAGCAGCAUACGACACUCCAUCGUACGACCACGACGAGUACGCAGAACCAGAAGAUCUGCAACCUGGCAAAUUAGAUCUCCUUAAGGACGGCUUGUGGGCUAUAAAGGCGAAGAUCAACGAACUGAAAGCAUUCAAUAAGGCCUUAGCGGCUAAUUUGCUCUCUACAAAGCUAAAAGUUAAGGAGCUUCUUAUUAACAGUAUUAUGAUGAAAAAACAUCACCACGAUACAGUUGAUCACAAAAAACCCAUGCAUAACUAUCAGCCUCAACCUUAUCCAACAUACGAGCCGCAAGUUCCUCAAUAUGGUGCACAACAGUAUGGGCACGACCCUUACUAUGGAAUGUAAAAAGCAAUAAUCCUACAAUAUUAUGCGCUGGACGCUAUACCUACCCACAUUCUCUCUAACUUCUUCAUAUAGAAAGAAAAUAGAGUUGAUUGAGAUGUUUAGAGAUUAUAUUUUAAUGAAAUAAACAUUUUAUCCUUUGUAUAAUAAUUAUAUACUUACUGUAUU